AUGGAUGUGAUGUUUCGGUGGACGCCGUUCGGCAUCAUUGGUCGAAUGCACGGCGAUUAUUUUAUCAGGCAAGGUAAAGCAACACGUGAAAAAGAGUUGCUACGAUUGAAAGAUCAUUUGCGCAAGGUUUUCUGGGAUCGCGAUCGCCGAUGGAUUAUCCUAUUUCCGGAAGGCGGCUUCUAUUAUAAAAGGAUCGAGUCGAGCCAGAAGUACGGCAUUGAACAUGGAUUCCCACACCUGGAGCAUGUUACACUACCUCGUUAUGGCGCAGUAAAAGCAAUCAUGGAGGAGGUUGGUCCGAAGAAAGAUUACGAACAUGUCGAUGGUUUAGUUAUGUCCGAAAGUGGUAGCAAGUUACAAAAGAUUCGUGACACUGUUGGAGCAAUCCGCGAAAAAAAAUACAUCAAAGUGUGUUGCUGCUGCUGGCUUAUUGUUUCGCCACCACAACUGAAUAGUUCCUCUCUAUCUGUAAAUAACACACUUUCCUCAUUGUUUUUAGAGAUGCGGCCGCCAGUCAAGUAUGUGCUCGAUGUAACUAUUGCAUAUCCGCAUAAAAUGCCGCUUUCGCUUCUUACUUUAAGCUUUGGGACGCGUGAGCCGUGUGAUAUCGCUGUAUACUAUAAAAUCUACGAUGCAAAUGAUGUACCAUUUGAUGAUGAAGAAAAGCUCCGUGACUGGAUGUAUAAAGUCUAUCAAUACAAGGAUAACAUCCUGGGUGAGUGGAUUGAAAUUUAUGCUUCGCAGACCGAUCCUUUCUACUGCCUAAUCAUUCAAAGCCUUCUUUCAGAUCGUUACUACAAAGAGGGAGUAUUUGUUCAUGGUGAAGUCGGUACGCGUGUUUAUUUCUCGUGGUGGAAAAUUAUUGGGCAAUAUGUUUUCUGGCUUACUUCCUUUUACGUGCAAUACCGCAUUUUUUUGUUCUUUUUACUUCAUUUCGCACGAAGCAUUGGAUUUGUCUCUUAA